GGUGAAUCGGAUAAGUGAAGAAGUGGUUGGCAUACAGGUUUAUGCAGUUACAGUACAUAACCAUCGAAAAAGAGAUUGGAGAAGGGGAAAGAAUGGCGGUGUACAAGCAGGUCAUCAGCCGACUGAAUAUCGGACCGACCAGUAAUCCGGUGGCACUGGUGCAGUAUUCCGAUUACGCCGGUGUUGAGUUCUUUCUAAAUACGUUCCGCACGAAAGACGAGGUACUGCAUAGAAUCGUCUCUGGGAUAACUUAUCAGAACCAGGAAACAGCCACCGAUUUGGCUCUACUUGCGCUUCACCAAGACGUUUUCACACUGAGCAACGGCGCCCGCGCCCACAACGCCAUACCGCAGCUAGCGGUACUGUUUACCGAUGGAUACGCCAACAACGGCGACUCUGCAUUGUACCAAGCCGCUGAGGUGCAUGCCAGAAACAUCACCCUGAUUUCCGUCGGUAUUGGCAGCGGCAUUAACGAUCAGGAACUGAUUGGUUAUGCUUCACAUCCGCGUAAGGAACCCUUUUACAUUGAUGAAUGUUACUUACUGCGCAGUCACGAUAUGAUGUGCUGUAUCCAGGGCUUCUCCGAAAUGGCGGAAGCAUUCGCCUUCGAACUAGAACAACGCAGUUGUACCGGUAAACGAUAUUGA